UGAUUCGCGCUAGAGACGCUACUUUGCGACACUUCCGCUACAAAGGAUCCACGCUGUGUCGAGCGGAAAUGCUCGAGUUGGACAUAUUUAUCAGUCAGAUAAAAAAAAAACAAGCUCCAGUAAAAUAAUUGCUACGUUUUUCUGCACUACAUCAUGAGCGGAGUGCGUAAUAAAGCAGAUGAUAUCACUGAAGCUAUAUCAACGGGAACAUGCUAUAUUGUGCUGGAAAGGUUCCCUCCAGACUAUGUACAGACGGUAGCGCGGUAUCUUGAAUCAUCUGUGCCACAAAACAAUUGUGAUGCCACGCGUGACGACCCAAAAGAAACAGAAAGCAGUGAUUCGGGAGACAGCGUGUUCAUCACCCAGAAGCCGGUCCCGGAGCCUGUGAGAAGCAGCAGACGGCAUCGCAAAACUCCAACAUCUCCAAAAGAUCUAGAAGAAAGUGAAGAUUCGUCUUCCUCCCAAAAUGCCACAACGUCUAACAAGAAAAGGAAAAAAAAGAAUGUUAGGCUGCCAAAGUACACCUUUCCUUUUGUUAAAGAGAAGCAGUGGAUGGGAAGGAGAUCAGUUUUGACUGGCCAGCAGAAUAAAAAGCUUCACAAUGCCAUGAUGGGAGGCUUCUUUAAAUGUGUGAGGGAGCUGUGGCACGGCUAUAAAGGUGUAUAUAUGGACAUGUCUCUACCCACAGUUGACAUGGAUGGGGAUAUUCUAUCUCCACUGUCAGAAGAAGAAGAAGAGAGGUCAGAAAAGGAGGACAUCAAAGUGGUGGAAAAGCGUUUUCUAGCUGCAUCAAAAGCAAUGUGCACCCAAGCAUGGUACACUCCAGGAAAGAUGGAAGGCCACAUAAAGCAACAGAGCAGGAGGAGGAGAGCCAGUAGCACCAGCCAAGACGUGUCCCAAGACCAAACGAUGACAAUUCAACAGUCAACCAGCAGAUCCAUAACAACGGCUACUCCGUUGUUGAGUGAUAAAGAUGGACAUCCUUGUAGAGAUUUGCCUCAGCAGGAGAAUGGAGAUCCUGAACAUGAGAUACAUCAAAAAAGCAUUCCUGGACAAACCGAACUGUCAAAGACAAAGAGACGUCUUACUGGAGGGAAGAAAAUGAUUCUCUUUCAGAAAAAUGAACGAGAGGAAGAGUUGUACAGCGACAGUGAUGCUACUGUGUGUGAUGCUCUACAGCUUCAUGGAAGUCCAAGCAAGCACACACAAGGAGGCAAAGAGGCAGUCAACACUGCAACACAGGCUCAAGUCGAUGUUUUCCAAAUGGAUGAACUAAGCCAGGGCAGACAAGAAGAGGAGGAACCUGAAAGUCAAAGUGUCCUCCACGGUCUUCCACAGUUUGUGGGUGACACCAAUAAUGUUAUUGUAUGUGCUGAAAGCACCUUGAAGAAGAAGAAAAACACUGUAACACAGGCUCAAGUGGACGUUUUCCAGAUGGAUGAACUAAGCCAGACCAGACAAGAAGAGGAGGAACCUGAAAGUCAAAGUGUCCUCCACGGUCUUCCACAGUUUGUGGGUGACACCAACAGUGUUAUUGUAUGUGCUGAAUCUACCCCGAAAAAGAAGAAAAAAAACACUGUAACACAGGCUCAAGCUGAUGUUUUCCAAAUUGAUGAACUAAGCCAGACCAGACAAGAAGAGGAGGAACCUGAAAGUCAAAGUGUCCUCCAGGGUCUUCCACAGUUUGUGGGUGACACUAAUAAUGUUAUUUCAUGUGCUGAAAGCACCUUGAAGAAGAAGAAAAACACUGUAACACAGGCUCAAGUGGACGUUUUCCAGAUGGAUGAACUAAGCCAGACCAGACAAGAAGAGGAGGAACCUGAAAGUCAAAGUGUCCUCCACGGUCAUCCACAGUUUGUGGGUGACCCCAACAGUGUUAUUGUAUGUGCUGAAUCUACCCCGAAAAAGAAGAAAAAAAACACUGUAACACAGGCUCAAGCUGAUGUUUUCCAAAUUGAUGAACUAAGCCAGACCAGACAAGAAGAGGAGGAACCUGAAAGUCAAAGUGUCCUCCAGGGUCUUCCACAGUUUGUGGGUGACACUAAUAAUGUUAAUGUAUUUGUUGAAUCCACCCUGAAGAAGAAGAAGAAGAAGAAGAAAAAGAAGAAAAACACUGUAACACAGGCUCAAGCCCAUGUUUUCCAAAUUGAUGAACUAAGCCAGACCAGACAAGAAGAGGAGGAACCUGAAAGUCAAAGUGUCCUCCAGGGUCUUCCACAGUUUGUGGGUGACACUAAUAAUGUUAUUGUAUGUGCUGAAAGCACCUUGAAGAAGAAGAAAAACACUGUAACACAGGCUCAAGUGGACGUUUUCCAGAUGGAUGAACUAAGCCAGACCAGACAAGAAGAGGAGGAACCUGAAAGUCAAAGUGUCCUCCACGGUCUUCCACAGUUUGUGGGUGACACCAACAGUGUUAUUGUAUGUUCUGAAUCUACCCCGAAGAAGAAGAAAAAGAAGAAAAAAAACACUGUAACACAGGCUCAAGCCCAUGUUUUUCAAAUUGAUGAACUAAGCCAGACCAGACAAGAAGAGGAGGAACCUGAAAGUCAAAGUGUCCUCCAGGGUCUUCCACAGUUUGUGGGUGACACUAAUAAUGUUAAUGUAUUUGUUGAAUCCACCCUGAAGAAGAAGAAGAAGAAAAAGAAGAAAAACACUGUAACACAGGCUCAAGCCGAUGUUUUCCAAAUGGAUGAACUAAGCCAGACCAGACAAAAAGAGGAGGAACCUGAAAGUCGAAGUCUCCUCCAGAGUCUUCCACAGUUUGUGAGUGACGCCAAUAAUGUUAUUGUAUGUGCUGAAUCCACACCAAAGAAGAAGAAAAAGAAGAAAAACAAAAACAUCAAAGCCAAAGGAGAUCGUGAUAGUGUAGAAGAAGCAGCAGGUCAGAAUCAGGAAGAGCCAGAAGGUCUGCACGCUGCAGAAUCUGUAAAUGUGGAGGCAGAAGAGACUUUUAGUCGGUCAGACAACAAUGAUAACAUGUCGAUGCAGGAGAAGAGACUUGAUUCAACUCAACAGAAAAGAAAGAGAAAAAGGGGUAAGUUAUUUGCUGAAAAUAUUAGACAAGAGGUGGGAGAACACUUGGAGCCUGGUGUGAGUUUAGAGGAAUCUGAGGCUUCUGUGAUGUGUAACAUUGAGAAUGCCAAGAAGAUAAAAAAGAAGAAAGGUGUUGAUGAUGCUGAGGGUGUUGAACAGUUGGAGUCCACUGAAGCUGCCACAACUAAAAAUGAUGGACAAAAGAAAAUGAAAAAACUGAAACACAAAAGUAUAAAACGGUCAUCCUCACUUGAAGAUAAUCAAUGUGAAAAUGAUGCAAAAGUGAGAUUGUCUAAUGAGGGAGCAACCUUGGAAGAACAUGUAGUGAAAAAAAGGAAGAAAGAAAGCAUCUCUCAGGGAGUUUCUAUUUCUUACACUCCUGACAAAAGCGAUAAGGUUGAAUGUAUAGAUUCUAAUGAGCAAGAUGAACAAUUAUGUAAGAAGAAAAAGAAAAAGAGGAGGCGAGAGAAAUUUGGUGAAUUAUCUAACGAACAGGCCUCAAAAGAUACUGUAGCACAGAGCCAUGAGGCAGUAUCUGUGAGGAAAAAGGAAAAGAGGACGACCUCUUCCUUCCUUCAAGCUGAUUCAGGGGAAAAAGAUGUUGAGUUGCAUCAGCAGCAAAACAACUCAAAAACAGUAGCACCUGGUGUCUGUGACUUUGAGGCCGAAUCAGCGGAAAUUGUUGGAAAUUCUGGUGAUGGAGUCAGCAAAAAGAAGAAAAGAAAGAGGAAGACAAUGGAGACUCAGGACAAUGUGGAAGACGAUCAGGGGACUGAGUUUGAGGAACCAAACAAAAUGUGCAGGAGUGUUUUAACUGAAACAGGGAUAAAGAAAAGGAAGAAAAGUAAAAGUAAAUCUGUGUCAAUGGACAGACUGGACAGUGCAGUUGAUGUAGGGCGAUUUCAAGCUGAGGAAGACAUGAUGCAGAAAAAGAAAAAGAACAAGAAAAUAUUUAACGAACUGAAAAUGUAAAUGAUCUUGGCAGCAGUAUGUAACCAAGCUGCAGGGGGGGGGCAACCUGACACCUAAUGGACACUUAAUUAAGAGUGUGGAGGUAAUUUUCCAAAAGGCUUUCUCGGUGUCAGACAAGCUCCUUGCAUCUUUAUAAGCGCACCCAUGUGUUGGUAUACAAUAAUGCAUGGACUGACAAACCUUAAAUUACGACCUGUUUGAUUCCUGUGUGACUGCAUCCAGGCUGGGCUGGGAUGUCGACCAGUGGGCUCAGUCGUAGCUGUUAACCAUUCAUUAAGGUUUAAUAUGAAAAUAUGGAGCAGGUGCAAAGCUUGACAUAGAAGUGUUUAUAUUUGCCAAAAUUUGCGCAUAAACGUUUUUAAUGUUUUCCUUUUUUUCUAUAUGUAUAAAGUAUAUUUAGUGAAAUUAUUUAAUUCUCUCACCUCUAGCAGCAUCUAUGUUUUUUAAGCCCUUCGUGACUCUGGUAUAUGUAGCUGUACAAACUGUGAUGGUCAUUUUAGAAAUAUAAACUCUAGAAACCAGUCUUCCGGUUUCUGUUUCCAAUA